AUGAAUUUUCUGUUAUUUCUACUGGGGGCCACUCUUUUUCAGUUGUGUUUAGGGGAAGAAGAGAACAAUGAUAUAUAUGGCAUUGCCUAUAAUUCUGAUGAUCUCAUAGAUGGCUACAGCAAAACUAUUGCUACAUCUUUCUUUCUCUAUACAUCAAUUUCACCAACAGACUUUAUUGCCAACCUUGAGCCAACAACUGUUUACAGCCAUGAAACAGGUCAUAGUAGCUUGAGUUCAUUUGCACCUGCUUCUUCAUCAUAUCAGUCUUUAACUGGCUCGCUCUCUCCUACUGAAUUGCUUCAUGAUGUCAGUACAGCAAAGCUAUCAUCAUUUACAACCAGCACAAGCUCGGGAGAUAUCUCAUUAGUUGCAGCUACAGAUUCACCAUCUUAUGUGCAGUCAAUGCUGGUAAAGUCAAGCUCACCUAGCACCGAACCAAUCUUUCCAUCAAGUGUUGAUUUAGCUCAGCUAGAAGCACAAAGUAGCACUAAAUCAAUGCAAGCAUAUUCAGCUUCACAAAGAAGUGAAUCAAAUUUAGCAUCAACAGCCUUGGUAAGUGCUAGAUCAACUCAGUCACUAGAUCUAUCAGCAUCCCCAAUUUUUGAAGUAACUCAAUCAGUUUCAGCUGUGAUAACAACAGAAUCAACUCAAUUAGGCCUGCCAAGUCCUGAAUCAACACAUAGUGCUACUUCAGUUAUUACUGAAUCAACAGAAACAUUUUUAGUUUCGUCAAUUACUCAGUCAUCACAACUACUUUCAGCCUCACAAAGUAGUGAAUCAUAUUCCCUUAUUUCAACUAUGCCAAUCACUAAAUCAACGCAAUUGAUAUCAAUUUCACUAAGUCAUAACUUAUCUCAAUCAACUUUAAUUUUUGCAACUGUAUCAUCUCAAUUUAUUUUAGCAUCAUCAAUCGCUGAAUUUCCUUUGCCUACUGAAUCAACACGAGUCAUACUAGCCUCGUCAGUUGUUCAAUUGACGCAAUCAAUUUUAGCUUCAGCAAAUACCAAAUUAACUCAAACAAUGUCAGCUUUAUCACAUGCUGACACAUCUCAAUUUAUUUCAAAUUAUCCAAUCACUCAAUCAAUUUCAUUAGCUUCACCAAGUGUUGAAUUAACUCAGUCAUCAGAAAUUACAGAGUCAUUUACAAGUUCACCAAUCAAUGAGUCACAUUAUGUAAUAUCAACCUCACCAAGUGUUCAAUUAACACAACUUAGUUCAGGCUCGUUAAUUAUUAAAUCAACUCAAUUAUUAUCAGCUUCAGCAAUUAUUGAAACAAGUCGAUCAAUUUCUGAUUCACCAAUCACUACAUUAACUCAAUCAAAUUCACCUCUGCCAAGUACUGCAUUAGUUUCAGGUUUGCCAAGUACUGAAUUAAUUUUACCUUCACAAAGUAUUGAAUCAACACAAUUAAUUUCUGCUUCACCAAGUUCUAUGUCAUCUCAAUUUGUUUCAGCUUUGCUAAUCACUAAAUCAACUCAAUUAACAUUUGCUUUUUCUACUGAAUCAUCUCCAAGUGUAGAACUAACACAAUCUAUUUCACCAUCUGAAUCAACAAAAUUCAUAUCAGUUGUUAAAUCAACCCAAUCAAUUUCAACUUUACUAAUGACCAAAUCAGUAUCAGCCUUGCCAAGUGUUGAAGUAACUCAAUCAAUUAUAACUUUAUCAAUAACUGGAUUGACCCAAACAACUUCGACAGUUACAGAAUCAACUCGAACGAUUUCUGCAACACCAACUUUGUUGAUCAAUGAAUCAACACAAUCAAUGUCAGCACCACCAUGUGUUGAGUUAACUCAAUCAAUUUUAAAUUUACCAAUCACUGAAUUAACUCAAAUAUUAUCAGCUUCGGCAUAUGCUGAAUCAACUCCAUCAAUUUCUGCUUCAACAAGUGCAGAAAUAUUUUUAACUUCGUCAAUCACUAAAUCAGCACAAUCAAUAUCAGCCUCACCAAGUGUUCAAUUAGUUUCAGCAAGUGUUGAAUCAACUCAAUCAACUUCUGCUUCAACAAAUACUCAAUUGACUCAAUCACCUUCUGCUUCAACAAAUGAAUCAACUCAAUCAACUUCUGCUUCAACAAAUACUCAAUUGACUCAAUCAAUUUCUGCU